AUCGAUCGUAGCUGAUUCUCUUCAUCUUCCAAAGACAACCGUGACCUUCACCUCAACAUACAAUGGCUCGUCAGUUUUUCGUCGGAGGAAAUUUCAAAAUGAAUCCUGCUACAAGAGAGGCGAAGAAGGCUUUGAUCAAGGUCCUCAACGACGCUGACAUCGAUCCAUCUACCGAGGUAGUCAUUGCUCCGCCUCAUCUCUAUCUUUUCGCGAUUCUCGAAAGCAUUCGCAAAGAUAUUAAAGUUUCCGCACAAAACUGCUAUUGCAAGGACGCUGGUGCUUUCACAGGCGAAGUCAGCCCUAGGCAACUCGCUGAUGCUGAAAUACCCUAUGUCAUCCUGGGGCACUCGGAACGUAGGACACUUUUACACGAGUCCUCAGAGUUUGUAGCCCAGAAAACUCGUGCUGCGCUUGACUCAGGUCUCAGUGUCAUUCUUUGCAUUGGUGAAACGCUCCAAGAACGCGAAGCAGGGGAAACUGCCAAAGUUUGUGAGGCUCAGCUCAAACCAGUAGUUAAGGCGCUAAAGGAGGGUGAUUGGAGUAAAAUUGUCGUGGCCUACGAGCCUGUAUGGGCAAUCGGAACAGGAAAAGUUGCCACUCCACAGCAAGCACAAGACACUCACGCCGAUAUACGAACGUUCCUUUCUACAGCUGUAUCCCCUGUGGUUGCAUCUUCCACCAGAUUAAUCUAUGGCGGCAGUGUCUCCGCUGCUAAUUGCAAAGAGCUAUCCGAUCUUCCUGAUGUAGACGGAUUCCUCGUUGGAGGAGCCUCCCUCAAGCCGGAGUUUGUCGACAUCAUCAACUCAAAGAGAAACUAGUCGAUAGACGUCAAGAAAGCAUAAAUUUGGAUAAAUUUGGAGAAAUGUUGUUUGUACUGAACAUCUUGAUCAUAACGAUAUGGCCAUGCAUGGCUAGAAUGAAAUAGAUGAAGUCCCAGCC